AUGAUUCAAGGAAGAUUUAACUAUGAUGAAGUUGGUGAUUUGGUGUGUCUCUUUCCGGAAUCGGAUAUUCUAUACGUUCUUCUCCUUUAUCCAACUAGUGACAAAGAAAAGAUAUUUACUCGUACUGUAUGUUUAACAGGUUCACAGCCGACACUGCCUGCGAUUAUUAAUGUUAACAAUGAUGAGGUUGAAGAUUUAGCGAUCCUACAUUGUAAUGGGCUUCUAGCUGUUUUUAUCGAAACAAACGCUGGAGUUUUCGAUCGACAUUAUUUAACUUUUGAAUCAGACAUAGUUCAUACCAAGGCUAACAGAACAUGUUAUCAACUGAUGAAUGUAGCCGAUUUGAAUCGAAAUCAAAAGGACGACUUGAUUAUUAUUGACAAUGAGAAAGACAGCAUUCGAAUUCUCCUAGCUUCUCCGUGUGAUGCUUAA